AUGUCAUUGAGUUCAUGUCGAUCUGAUUUCCCUGUAACAAGUAAGUAGUGUUUAGAAACAGCAAGCAUCGUCUUAAUAGAUGUUGAGCAGGAAGAGCACCUCCAAGACUGCGGCCUCUUAGCAUCCUGGAAUAAAAGAUAAAGAGUCCCAGAACACUUAUGACUUAUUCACUCUCUCAGUCUCAACAUCAACAUUUCUAUUUCAGACCGCACAUCAACAUCAUGUCCCUGCACCAGAACAUCGACCAGUCGUCGUCCGCAUUUCGUGAUAUCGACCUGCACGACCUAGCCAACUUUGAUUACAAUCCGGAGCUGCAGGCUAAAAUUCUCAAAUCUUGGCGCCAGCAUCUGCAUCUCCCGGCCGACGAUCAUGAACGGGAUUACUACAACCUGCAGGAAGAAGCCGUUAAUGCAGUGCGGCAACGGCUCGGGCGUCUUUUUGACGGAGAUAGAUACGACGCCUUUAAAGAUCUAGGUUCUUCUUCCGCAAGAACGGCAGCGCAACUUCUACCAACUGACGAAAAGAACCACGCAGAGCUGGCGCGAUGGGAGCUGGCAGCUGUUUUUCACCUUUUCUUCAAGAAGCGAUUUUUCAAAAUCAAUGCGGUGGAGGAAGAUGAGUCGACGGACGAAGAGGACACUUCUACAGCAGAAGAUGAGGACAAAAAAACGGCGCCCCGCACCGACAAGUCCGCAUUUCAGGAGUGGAACUGUUCCCAGCUUGUCAAACAGUGGGCGCAGAACUGCAAGGAGAUGGAAGACUUGUUUGCCAUUGACGACGUGGAGGUUGAGGAGCUGGAAAGGAACAAAUGCGAAAAUUUAGCAGCGAGGAAAAACAAUGCUGUAACUGUAACUUCUGCUACUACAAGAGUUGCACCACAAGAACCACGACCUCCCACCGUAUUGGAAGAAGUGUCGCCGUACGUCGCCCGGCGGCUGCUCUUCGAGAACGAACAUGAUGAAGAUGGCAGUUCUACUUCCCCAGUGGAGAUCGUGCAACAACGCAAGGCCUCCCAGUCCCGUCGGAAAACGGAAGUGGAGCAGAAAAAACAAUCACAGCAAUUACACCACCUCGGCCCCGAGAAAAUGAAACAAAUGCAAAAGCGUUCUGAAGAAAAAGAAAAACAAAAAAGAAUCGGGUGUGAAGAUGAAAAAGACCAAGACUAUAAUUCCACAAUCGAACAGUGUGACGACAAGGAAGAUCACCACACGGAGCAAGGACAAGCGCACAGAUCAGCAUCCUUUUUCAAAAUUACAGAGCUUGGCUGCGGCAGUAACGGGGCUGCGGGAGUGGAGCUUUUGCGGGCGGCGGGAUUGUUUUCUAGUACACGUGGAGGUAUACGUGCUCGUGGGCAAGAACAAAGCGCGCUGGCGAACAAGGAUCUUUCUGUAGCUUCUCAGUUGUGUGCCUUUGCCUCAGAAGGGAAGCAUCAAAUGAUCAGAGCUGCCUCCUGCGAAGGAGAAAGCCCUACACGACCUCUCGAGGACUACAGCAUGAUUUCUCGCACAACAUCCGUAGAACUUCCAGUCGCGGUCCACCUCUGUCUCACAGACGGAAACCGAGCAGCGCUGGAAAAAUUACAACAAGCGAUCGUGAAACCUUUGAACACAAACCUGAAGUCUCACCGACGUCGGGAAAAUUUUUGCUUCGCGAGGGACGAGAACUCCGCAAGGAAGCCCGCCCUUUGCUCCAAAAUAACCACCAAGCAUCUCCUCUGGGGGCAAGACAUCGACUUCUACCAAGAGGAACUGGCCGAUGGCGAUGGGAAGAAAUGCUGCGUUGAAAAUAAGAAGCCGGAUUUGGUCGUUUGCUCGGAUCUCGCUUACUGCGAGAACAAUUUUGUCCCCUUGUUGAUCACACUGCUGCUUCUCACUAGCGCAAAAGAUGAACCACGGAGCGUUACAACUACUUCGCGAGCCGCCGCCUACAAAAAGGACUUGCUGGAACGGAAAUUCCCGAAGAUGAUGAGGUUCGACAGUCCGAGCGCGCAAAUGCGUGUCGCUGAACAAGCAAAGCAUGAAAAUAAAUCCGAUCAUGAAGAUCCAACCCUGGAUGGCAAUGACACCUCGUUCGUUCUGUUCGCCGUGCAGAAGCGAAGCCGGGUAGAAGCGGCUUUGCUGCAUUUGCUGGCGAUUUACUUCGAGGUAAAACUGCUUGCGGUAGGGGAGGUUUGUUGCAGCGAGAACGAGGAUUCUACGCUAUCUUCCGACAGUGAUGGGACUUUCCACAACUUGAUGGGGAAAGAAAAAACGAAAGAACUCCAUUCUCACGAUUUGAAAUUUUUGCCCCGUUUAAGCUCCGGCCUCCAGGACUGCGUUUUCUACAUGCUGAAGCGACGGAAGAAAGCACUUAAGCCGGAACAAGUCGUUUUCGCGGUCGAAGAAAGUGAAUUCGCCGAAAAAUACCAGCCGGACGCGGGCGAGAUUUUGCACGCCAUGGGCCGCAUGGGGCGGGCGCACAAGCAGAAGUUGGUGAGCAAGAUGGUGUAUCGCGAGGACUUACAGGAUGGAUUACCAUUGCGCUUGUGGAAGAGCAGCUGGAAAGCGGCGAGGAAGUUUCUGUUUGAUCAGGGUUUGAUGUCCUUGCGAAGUGAUACUUCCAGCAGUGAAAAGGACAAAGACGUCGACGACGACGAGGACGCGACCCUGGAAUUCGAAUUGGAUAUGGAAGAACAACACUGGAGCGCUUUGCGGACGUGCCCGCGGGGUUACCACGACGAGUUCGUGUUUAAAGACUCCCUAACCAAAGGACACUACGACCCACGAGUUGACACGAUUCUAGGCACGCUGAUGUAGUAGAAACGAUAAUGAUAAGCGACGGACUAUAAUAGAUACUGACGUUCGUGCACGAGCACCGUCAUCAGAAAAACAAAUAAGGAUUCCUUUUUACGAACGCAUUACAACAGAGGAAAUUUCAAGAUGUUGCGAUAGAUGCUUCCCCUGCACGUGCACAGCACUAUCGCGAAGCGAAGUUUUGACCUAAGUAACAUCCACGUUGGCAAUAUAAAAAAAAUCUUCUUUUUCCUCCCACCUCUUGUCGCUCGCCAAUCACUGGCUGAAAAGAGACGACUGGAAAAGUAGCAGCAUUGAGCGAAGAAUUACGGUUUCAUCUGUGUGUGCAGUUUGCUACAUUAUUUUUACGAAAGCAAAGAGGUAGAUAAUACGAAGAUGAGUUUGAGAACUAAGUAAAGUAGACGACAAAUAAAGGCAACUACAAAUACAAUCAACCUAUGACUUGUUGACCUUCUUGGAUUUAUUCUCCCCCGCGGCCGCGACAUGAUUUUUCUGCACCUCUCAAAAAUAGAAGAAGUUGGGAU